AUUCAGUCGUCAACAGGAUAUCGAACUGAAAGGUUCGCAAAUCACACAUACCAGUGGUGGAAUACGCAAGUGUGAGCUUUAGGUGCACAACGACCAACUAAAACGAGUGAUGGAAAAAUGAACGACAAACACAGUGCAACCCCGCACACCGCCAAGACGUGUCAUAACAGCAGACACUUUAUCAAGCGUAACGAUUAUUAAAGACUUUUAGAAAAACCGAACGAAAAGACGAUAUUGAAAAACGUUUAAACAAAAAGUGAAAGCUCAUCGUCACCGCAUAAACGUGGUGCAGUCAAUUUUGCCGGCAUUAACACGUUGGAGGCACAGCAGCCAGAAGAGGCGGUGAAGCGGGCUGAACUCGAGCGUUGAAACCAAAAAAGAAACUUGAAAGACUUUAAUGUAAAUAAAUACAAAAUAUACUCCAGAGUAGCCGCAUGUGUGAAUAUGUGCGAAGACAAUAUAGAGAAGGUGGUGGAAGUUGUUCGCAGGUGAACAAUAAAUGUCAAGUACGCACACAUACAAAGUGUGCGCUUGCUGUAAACAAUGAAACAAAAGCACUUAAAGUACAUGAGUUUGUAAGUGUGUCAGUGGAAACAUAGUGAAGCACUUAAAGUGGACUAGAAGACAAGAGCAAGUGUGUGUGCUAGGAUGCAAAACUUAGCAGCGUAACGGUGAAUAGGAGAUAUGAUACAACGUCUACAAAGACUGCGGUGAGGUUAGCAAGAAAAUCCUUAGCAGAUUUUUGCUGUCGUUUAAUUAAAAACGGAUAAUCAGUAUUUGACGACGUCGACAAAUGACUUAUUUGCUGAUUUUGCCAUCGACAGAUACAAGAAGCCCAAGAGGUUGAGGAGGUGGGUACACCGAAACUCAGCAGCAGUUAGAGGUGAAUGUUAUUGACGACCGAGACCUUGAUGGCUCACCCGAACGUAAACUGUGUGUAGUUGGACUUGCGAGAUACAAGGUGAUUUUUGAUUGACAGCCCAAGGAAAAGGGUAGUAAAAAUCUGUUGAUCAACACUAUUAUGCUCUAAAGCAAUUAACAGAAGUUACAAUAACAAAAGCAUCAAAACUGGUAGGUGAAGGCGGUUUAGAAACGGUAUGAAGGGUGGAACUGUUGCUGACCAAGCCACCUAGCAACAAAGCUUGCAACGUGGGUGACAAUGACAUUAUUGGACUGUUGGAUGCAGCAACAUUUCGUGAUGACUGCCACCAUAAGGACACUGUUAAAUCUGCAAUUGCAACUGUCACAUCUACUGCAACAGAAAGGGAAAAUAUCAAUGCCGCUGAGACGUGACGCAAUGACCGAAGGGCCAAAAAAUAAAUUGCUGACCCAAAAUCCACUCAAUGUCAUUUUCACUGUUAAAGACAACAACAAAACCAGCAAUUUUCAACUGAAAACAAAAACAACAACUGAAUUCGGCAUAGGCAACAAGCAAAAAGUAAAAAUAUAAAUAGAGAAAACAAAUUAAACCAAAUAAAAGAAAAACCAAACUUAUAAAGCAAAGUUAUCCAGUCAAUUUAAAGCGGAAAAAUUGGAGCGGUAUGGCAAUUAAACCUGCAAUCAAUCGAGGUGUUGAAUACAAAAGUCCAAAAAAAUAUAGAAAUUACAAAAACAGCUAUAAAAACUACAAUAUACUUAAUAAAAACGCCCACAAUUCUACCACCAACGCAGUCACAAGCCAAAAACCAUACUAUCACUGACAGUUUCAACCACAAAGCCAACAGUAAAGGCGAAACUGAAGCGUUAGCACGAGGAAUCAACGGCCUAUGACAGACGCACAAUGUGCACGAACGUUGCAGCUAAGCCAGCAGACAGCAACAGCAGCAAAGGUGACAACAAAGAGAUCAACAACAACAUCCACCAUAUCUACAGCGGCAACCGACGCAAUAGCGUAGCGACCACAAUCGCAGCAAGCUUAGCCGUCAUCACCUACCUCGGACACCCGGCUGCAUCGCAAGAAUUCACAGUCCCAACAACGGCUAGUGCAGCGUCCACCCACCAGCAAUCUCGUAAUAUCAGCGAUUACGCGACGACUGAAGCAUCAGCAACAACAGCGAUUGCAGCUGCAGCUUAUACAGUAAUCGCGGAGAGUUUCGAUUCAAUAUCAGCUGCAACAACAACAAAGCCAGAGUCCCCCAGCACCCCUGCCGACAUACACGCAUCUUCGUCUACUACCGUCAAAAGAAACGCGAUAUCUAGCAGUGCCAAUGCCUAUGUGCCUGCUGCAACGGCAACAUCAACUGCGACUUUGCUGGCCACCACCAUCGGCGAAGCAGAAUCGACUUUCAACGCAUUGAUGUUCAACGACUCAUUCACAGAAAGUUACAAUGGCAGCCUCUAUGCCAGCAACAAAACCAGUGACAACGUCAACUUAACGGUACUCAACAUCACCGAUAUCGUUUCGCAAAACAACAGAGAUAAAUGGUUAAGUCUAUCGAUAUUCAUUGUGAAAGGCUUCAUAUUCGCUCUGAUUAUUUCGGCAGCGGUGCUGGGCAAUGCCUUGGUCAUCAUUUCAGUGCGCCGCAAUCGGAAAUUACGCGUUAUCACGAAUUAUUUCGUCGUCUCUUUGGCCAUGGCAGACAUGUUGGUGGCGUUGUGUGCGAUGACAUUUAAUGCGACGGUGGAGCUCUCCGACGGCAAGUGGAUGUUCGGCCGGUUCAUGUGCAAUGUGUACAACAGCCUGGAUGUAUACUUUUCCACGGCGAGUAUUUUGCAUUUGUGCUGUAUCUCCGUUGAUCGAUAUUUCGCCAUCGUCCGCCCACUCGAGUAUCCACUGUACAUGACAACUCAUACUGUUUACUUUAUGCUCGCUAAUGUAUGGAUACUCCCAGCGCUUAUAUCGUUCACCCCCAUCUUUCUGGGUUGGUAUACGACAGCUGAACACCAGCGAGAAAUCUCAUUGCAUCCGGAUCAGUGUUCAUUUGUGGUCAACAAGGCGUACGCAAUCAUUUCGAGUUCAGUCAGCUUCUGGAUACCGGGCAUCGUGAUGCUCUGCAUGUAUUGGCGCAUCUACAAAGAAGCGGUGCGACAAAGGAAAGCUUUAAGUCGCACGAGUUCGAAUAUUCUGUUGAACAGUGUACACAUGGGUCACACGCAAUCGACCAACCUCAAUUAUUUGCACCCAAGCGAUUGCGAACUAAGCGCUACGAUAGCGCGUGAGGAGACACAUAGCGCGAUCAGCAAUUUAGAGGAUAUACUGCCACAAACAACAGAUGAAGACGAUGAAAAAGAUGACUGUGAUGAAUUGCGAGUGCCAGCUCCGCCGCGUCGUCUCAGCCGCAGUAGCAUCGAUUUGCGGGACUUGGAGCAAGAACGUUACGAGAGAGUCACGCACACCGAUAGCGCUCCAUCAAUGAUCGCACUACAUCAUGCUGCACAACAACAACAACAAAAUGAUGAGGACACGGCUCUUAAUCCUCAUAUUUGGACAGAAGGUUUAGGAGAGCUACAGCAAUCCGUUUGCAUAACGAAACGAUCCGCCUCUCCAAUUAAUUCUAGUCAAAAUUCGCCGAAGCAAUCCCCCAGCCAACGACAAAGCUAUAGCAGUAAGCAAUCUCUGCAGAUGAGACAGAAAUUGUUGGAUUCAGAGGAAUACCAACAGGUAUUUGGCAUGAUGAGCGAUGAUAGUGAGACCACUGACUAUUACGACAAUAUAAUACAUUUAAGAGUGAAGCAACAGCAGUUACAGGCCCCAGCAACAUGCUUGCCAAUCGCAGAGGAUAAUAAAGAACUAAAGCGCCUCAUCGAAGACAGUUAUUUGUAUUUUAAGAAGCAAACGAAUAUGCAGGCUGAUACUGAGCCAAGUGAGCAACAAGAGACUGCUAAAAAUCGUAAAUUCCCGGCGCAUAGCGAAAGUGAUUUUAUCAAGAUGAAAAACGGUCGCAAUCGCAGUCGUAGUAGUGGCAGCAAUGAAGGUAACGCCAAAAAACCGUGUGCCCUAAGCGAUUCUGAGUUCCUCAAGUCAUUGGCUGACUCCACAAGCAAGCGAAAACAACUGGAAUCACUUACAGAAGGUGUUGUGAAAGAAGAUAAGGACAAAGUAAAAGACAAGGGCUUUACAUUUAAAGGUUUGUUAGCAAAAACGAAACGGUCGAGCACGGAAUGUUUUUCUAUCGAAAAGAAACGCCACCAGGCCACCUCUGAAGAGAUACGCAGCAAUCGUGCACAACUAUUUCGACGGUCACGCAAUCGCAAGCUGUCACAUAGUUACAACGGAGCUAUGAACCCUAGGCAGGAGAUGCGUGCGCGCCAACACAGUGAUACUGACUCAGAGGCCGGUUUCAUCUAUUAUUCGUACAAUAUGGGAGACAGUCAGGAGAGUUCGGCUACACGCUACAACACUCCUGACAUUUUACUCGAUAUCAAUGUGUUAAACGAACAAACGGAUGACUCUAUAAAAGACAAUAUUUCAAUUCGAACCCACGAAUUCGAGAUAACUACAUCUCCAUACGGACACAAUAGCUCUGUGCAACUAAUUGACUUAAGAGAUUCUCACGAAGUAGCUUAUAGCGGCUCAGACGACUUCUCACAAUACACCGACUGUCUUACUGAGUCCCCACAUAUACCAGCUACACCGCCACCAUCGCUAUCGCCCUCCUCAUUAACCGAAGUUCCUGAACAACCCAUUAAAUGCGCCAUUGAACUGCCGGAGAAAAGCAAUAUUCUCAUUACCUCGCGCACCGACCUGGUCGAGCUCUUCCGCUCUCUAAGUUUUCCCAUUGCGGAGCUAGGGACUACCACCAUCGAUUCGCCACACCGUAAGUUCCUUUCGUCGUCCAACUCUACCGAAUCUAAGUCAGGAAAGUCAGUAAAUCAGAUUAAACAGCGACUCAGCACACUCAGUGAUCAAGUUUUAGUGACAAAGAAUAGCACCAACUUUCUCAUAUCCCCACCGACAACACCAAACUUCACUUCCGCACAAAAUUUACCAACAACAAAGGCGAAUGCCUUCCCAAGCGCGCUGAGUAACACAGUAAACGUCUACUUUCUCUCACCACCACCAACAGCAACUUUGCAACCAUUCCCGAACAACUCACCAACAAGCAAUCCAUUCACCAGUGGCUCUACCACAUUAUCCUUGGACGUACUCACCUCAUUGUCAAUGCCGACGUCUCAGAGUCAACAAGCCUUGGCCGUGCACGCAGCACCAACACCAGUGUCGCAAUGCAAGUCGCCAAAACCAGAAAUUAUACUAGACUCUACACUCUCUCCCACUUCAUUGCACAGUGGCAGUAAUGGCGACAUCGACGUUGGUGAUGGUGGUCUACUCACCAGCGAUGAAAAAGACUUGACUUCACCGUUAUUCAAACGUCACGACAGCGAGCCAGAAACAACAUCCACAACAAUACGUCAUCGCCCCAGCAUACUAGCAGGAGGCGGAGCUUAUAACGACAGCAACGGUCAAUCGAUACGCAAACGUCAGGCCUCGGUGGUGACGUAUGAUGUCAAUGUCAUUAAUUUUUCACAGGACACUAGCGAUAGCCGUAGCUACAUACCAAUGGGUCGAGUAUCGACCAGCUCAGCAAAGCCAGGGCCAACAGAAGUCGAUUUCUCGCAAAAGUCGUCUCUCAAACGACGCGGUGGAAUCUGCAUAUUUGUCGAUGAGGAAGAGGCUAUUAAUAUGAUUGAACAAAAGACUGGUAGUGGCAACCAAGCCAAGUGCAUCACCUUCGAUACUGUGAACGUCGGCUACGAGAGCACCGAUAUGGCCAACGUGAAAGUCAAUAAGGCGGUCGUUAAGUGCCAAUUAUGCGGCGCCAAUACGAGGCCGCAAUUGCUUUUACCCAUUCCCGGCGGUCAGGGACAGGGUCACAGUCGAAGCGACAAACGUUUUUGGCACACGAAUCGUUGGUGGCACAAACGCAAGAACCGCCAGCGAAGGUCGGAGGAAUGCCAGUGCGGCGCUACCGGCGGUUCGGUGCGACCGACGAAAGGCUGGAAGGCUGAACACAAAGCUGCGCGUACUUUGGGUAUCAUAAUGGGUGUGUUUCUGCUCUGCUGGCUGCCUUUCUUCCUGUGGUAUGUAAUAACUUCUCUGUGCGGUGCGGCCUGCCCUUGUCCGGAUGUGGUCGUCGUGGUGCUUUUUUGGAUCGGCUACUUCAACUCCACCCUUAACCCUCUGAUCUACGCCUAUUUCAACCGAGACUUUCGCGAAGCUUUCCGCAAUACACUGGAAUGUGUGAUUCCAUGUUUGCGCAAACGCAACCCCUACGACGCCUACUAUGUGUAGUACGACAAGGUGGGGAGUGCUCAUGCAAAAAUGUAGUAAGUUUGUGUUCCUCAUCCAUGAUACACCACUUGCACACAGGCAUAGGCAGCAUGUGUACCAUGGCAAAUAUGUAAUAUAAUAUUAGCAGCUCGUGCUUCUUUCUACCAUACUCAGCAAACAAGAGCACUUCAAACAGUUUAUGUGAUAUGAAUUUGUAAGUUAAAGUUAGCAAAAAGGUUAUUAUGUAUAAUUUUAUGUACACACAUUCUGAAUAAUAGACUACUGGACGUUGAAUAUUAUGUAUGUACUUAAAUAUAUUUAGAAAUUAUGUAUUUGAACUUGAGCAAACAUGUGCGCUCGCAUGCGUAGAUAGAAUCACCUCAUAACACUUAGUAACAGAUAAAUUUUGAAUUUAGUAUUAAAAUGUGCAUAUGCGUUAAAUUGAUGUAUUGUACAAAUACAUACGUAGUUAUCAGAAGUGCUAGUUAAAUAGAUAUGUAGUAAAAAAGCAAUACUUGUAUAAAUUAUCCAAACGGAUCUUGUUCAAAAGUCGUAUGUAAUAUUUAUUAUGAACAUGGGCUUAGUUAUAAAAAUACAGUUUAUUUGAUAUGUAUGAAAAUAGAAAACUAUGUUUGGUUAAAUGAAACAUGAGAAUAGAUCUGCAAAGAGAAAUGCGAUGGUAUGUUGAUUAAUGUGCGUUCCUCAUUCGUUUAGUAAAACUAAAUCUACAAAGCGGAAGCUUCACUGGUUUCACCCGAACAUAGAAUAAAGGGGUUUCCCACUAUUCUCAAAUAACUGCUAUCGUCGGCAAUUCUAACAUUUUUAAAAGUUUUCCAUACUGAUUCCAUGAACUAUUUUGCAACAUAUGCAUAUUCUCCCAAAUAUUCUGCAAAAGAGUUCUCAGUGCAAAAUGUAGAGAUUUUUCGUGCUGCUGUGACCAAGUAAGCAAGUUAACUUACUUGCAAUUAUAUUCCUUUCCAAUGAUUUAGAACUCUAUUUACGCAGAAACCUUAUAAGUAUAAAAGUACAAUACUAAAGAAUCCAUUAGAUAAAAAUAAAAAUUUUGAAAUCGACUUAGCUCGUUAAGCCUUCAUAAAAAUUCUAUAACUACAUUGACAUCAGUUAAAAAUGUUUAAUUUACUGCCGUUCAGAAAUGAAUUGGCCGAUUGACGCAGUAGAUGGGAUAGACAGCCAACGCAGUGGAACACGCUUUGGAGAUAUUAGCAAAUACGGGUAUUUUGUAAUCCCUCUUACCUACGCACACAAAUAAUUUAGGAGCCCUGCUGUGAAAUGAACUAGUUGAUAACUAUCUAACUGCCUAAUAAGAACCACAAGUCCUGCUAAUGUCGCUUGUCACACAAGCAACUGGAAGUUUUUAAAUUCAAAUUCUAAAUAUUUAAAAACACGGUAUUCCAUUUGUAUCACAAAUAGCUUUAUGAUAAAAUUUAUCAGGUUGAUUUAUUGAUUGCCUUAAAUGAACUUAAACUAGAAUAUACCAUACCUUGCUGUAGAAGUACUAAUUUUUGUGGCUGAAAGUUUUAUUUAAUUUUACUUUAUUUUUAGUUGUGUUAAAUCAUUUAUGUCAAAACAUGUUAUUAAUAAAUUGUUUUAUAAGUGAAAAAAUCCAUUUAUCUCGGACAAGGUCAUGUUCGAUUCGUUUUAUUUUUUUAACUAGUUCGAUACUUCACGGCGGGGAUGUUGAGGACACAGGUCGUAGGAAUUGUACAAAUAGUAGAUCUACAGGAUGUUGGUAGUUAAAUAUUAAAUGUAUUAUACAGAGUUACAAAAUAAAGUAUUAAAUGUCCUGCAAUGAGCUGAUGGCAUAUUGUAAAACUAAAGUUGCAUAUAAAUAUUUAAGUGGAUGUGUUAGAAUAUUACUGUUUACAUGUGUUUCGAUAUAUCUACUAUAUAAAUAAAUACGAUCAGAUAGACCAAACAAUUAUUUAUAUCAAUAAUUAAGCAAAAUAAAAGUAUUUAGUAAUUGCGGCAGAGAAGAAACGAAAUCGAUUGCGAAAUUAAAUAUUAUUUUGAUGUAAAUUUAAGUUAUGAGUAAGCCUGCUUAACGUAGAAAACAUUUAGAUACUCAAUUGUCGAGUAUCUUAAAAAAUCAAGCAUAAAGACAAUCCUCAAGAUGGAAAAAAAUACUGAUGAGGUUAUAUUGAAUAAUUUAAUGUGAAUAAGUGUGUGUGCGAAUGUGUUUAACUAGCUGACGUAAGGAGACAAUGGCGAGAAGCAAAAAUUAUUGGUUCCCGCGUUUAACGAAGAAUAGCUGACUUACUUUUUCAAUCCUUGACAUUUCAUAAAUUAUCAUAACCUAAUUUUGACUUAACUUAACUUAAUAAAAAGUGCGAAAUUCGUAAUCGUACAGCCGGAAAUCUCAUUACAACGUAAAACGUACAUAAAUAUGCUCGAACAUACAAACUUAAAUGUUGAAUUUCGGUUUGUACUACAUUUUGAAAUACACACUACUUUUUGUGAUAUUUAUAGAUUAAUUUAUGAAAGUAUUAUAUUGAAAUUCCAGUAUAUGGACAAGCUUAUAUGAAUGGUAAUCGAAAGAACUAUGCUAAAAGAAACUAUAAACAUAACUAUAUAUACUGCUUGAUGAACUCAAUUAACAACCGACAUUUUGAUAUGUACAAAAAAGUGAAAAAUGUUGCAAUUUGUUGAAACAUAAAUGUUUUUUUUUUAAAACAACCCAAGAGCAGCUAAUAAAAAAUAUUUUGAACGAAAAAAUACGUGUUUUUGGGGUGAAUUAAGAGUUUAUUUUUGAGCAACCCUGCAAUUCUGUCUUCAACU